GUGACAUGCAGUGUCAGUUAUAGCAUAGCACGACGUUACCAACCAUGCAGCACAACACAACACAACUGAUCCUGAAGUAAGACAUUUUAAAACCCAACUAAAUAAUGAACCUUGAAAAUCCGCAUCACAACGAAGGAGAAAGUAAUUGCAAAAUAAACAACCAAACAACCAACCAUCACACCCGAUCUCAACUACCAAGACAUCAUCUCACACACCCUCCAUCCCCCAAGCAUACCUACACACAAACCACACAAACGAACCAACAAAGCCAUUGUCUGCCAAAUGCCGCACGCACGAUCCGAACUAGCCACUCAAACCACCCAAAAACUCACCAUCAUACGACACAAGUGCGAUACAAGUGCAUUGCGGGGGUAAGCGUGCGUGCGAGCGUGCGUGGGGAAAUAAUUACCGUAAGCCCAUCUACCCGCACUUUUCGUAGUUGCGGGAUUUCCUGUGCUGGAUUAGUUAGUUGGGGACGGUGGAUGUGUACUGGGUUGUGCACAUCAUCCAUGGCGUGUAUGCCAUCGUACCUCUAACUCGCGACUUUGGGGCACGCCUCCCCGAUAAUGCUUCAUCGCGCGGAUAGGGACUAGGUGUAGCCAACUUCUCACCCCUCAUACUCGAGGCCAGUCUUUUAAAAACGCCACGCCGCGGUGUUGCAAAGGGAAUUGGGGUGGGAA